CUAUUAUUUGCCCCUUUCACUGUCGCCUCCUAUGUCUCACUUUUGACUUCCACAACUUCCUCCCUCGUUCCUCUGUUCUUAGGGCCGAGCACCAUGGCCAAUGGGUGGGAGGUGGACGCCGAAGAAGAGCCUCGUAUCUCCCACGGUGAAAGGUUGUUCAACUUGCUCCUCAUUCUCUUGGGGUCUGCGUUGCUCAUAGCUUUCUCCUGUCACCUUCUCUUCCCCUACGUGACCCCUGACAGCUUCUCUUCUGAGAAAGAAGAAUGCGAUCUUUUUUCUGGCAAAUGGAUUCAGGAUGCUUCAGGUCCAGCUUACAGUAACACAAGCUGCAGUUUCAUAUCUUAUCCUCAAGACUGUUUGACAAAUGGUCGGCCUGAUACUGGCUACCUUUACUGGAGAUGGAAACCAUAUGAUUGUAAUUUAUCUUUGAUGGACGCAAGGAAGUUCUUGAAUAUUAUGAGAAACAAAUCUUUAGCAUUUAUUGGUGAUUCAAUUUGCCGCAACCAGAUGGAGUCAUUGCUUUGCCUUCUCUCAAAGGUCGAAGAAGCUCUUCUGGUCUAUCAUGAUGAAAAUUUUCAAUCCAAAACAUGGUACCUCCCUUCGCACAACGUCACGCUAGGACUGAUCUGGGCUCCUUUUCUGAUCAAAUCUACUGAAGAUAGUUCCAAGAAUGAUAUACAGCUUUAUCUUGAUGUCCUCGAUGAUACUUGGACUAGCCAAUAUCAAAAGUACAACUAUAUAGUGUUGUCCGGUGGACAGUGGUUCCUCAAAGAAACCAUAUUUUGGGAGAACAACACAGUUGUUGGCUGCCACUACUGCACAGGGAAGAGCCUGAGGGAACUUGGGAUGGACUACUCUUAUCGCAGAGCACUUCGGUUAGUCUUCCACUUCAUGAACAUGUCAGAACACAAGCCCCUCAUAGUUUUGAGAACCUGGACUCCGAGCCACUUUGAGCAUGGGCAAGGGAACAGUGAGGGGGUGUGCAACAGAAGAAAACCGUACAGAGAGCGUGAGUAUACUGCUGAUCCAGCGGAUGCAAUAAUGAGAACUGUGGAGGUAGAGGAGUUCCAGGAAGGAUUGAAGAACGGCCUGCGGCUUGUGCUCCUUGAUACUUACCAUCUUGCGCUGCUGAGACCCGACGGCCAUCCAGGACCAUACAGAGAGUUCCACCCUGACAUCAGCAAGAAGCUCCAGAAUGACUGUCUUCACUGGUGCUUGCCUGGGCCAAUUGAUACCUGGAAUGAAUUGCUCAUGACGAUUCUGAUGAGUGAGGAAGAACUGAAGUCUACUCUCUGUACAAAUUGGAUGAUUGUACCACUUUGAUGAGCCCAAGGCAUAUGCAUGAAGUUUGUUUGCUGGCGUUCAAAGUGAUGUCAAUGCGUGUGUAGAUUCUAAACUCAUGUUGUUAAAACAGGUCAGAUUAUGAAUAGAAGUACAUGAUUAAUGUCGAA